UCAAGAGAAAUAAUGCUAUCCUUUAAAAUUUCUAAAUUAUAAAUCAAGGAUUUCAAGUUAACUUUUUACGUACAAAAGGAAAUCGCCAGACGGUGAUAUAUCGCAAGGAAACUUUAUUUUAAAAAUAUAUUUUAAGGUUUAAUUCGUAAUAUAAAGCAGACAUCAACGAGAAAACCACGUUAUUUACGGAUUCACAAUGCUGUGUUUACACCUGUUUUCAAAAUGUGUUAUACUUUUAUCGUGCUUCGUAAUUGGACAAGUAACAUCAGAUGAAUUAACUGAUCCGACAGACAUUGUUAUAAUAGAGGAGUUAGAAUCUGAAACAGAAAUCCAAAAACCCGGAGAAAUGCCAUCAGCUCUUGGAUUCAAUGUUCGACUGGUACACGGAACCUCACCAAUCCACCUCAAAUUAAAGAAAAAUGAUAUAGGAUAUGAACAACAACAAGUCGCUUCUAUACGGGUAGACGAGGAGGGAGAUUUGUAUCUACAUAAAGAAAAUUUACCCACGAUUAAGAAUGUAGCCCUCUACCAGGAUAAUGAAACGCAAGCCGUUUUUACUGUCACCUGUGACGAGGAGACUGAUGGACAGUGCGUUCUGCUUGGAAGCUUAAACGUCAAUGGCGAAGAGUUUGACAUACAUCCCAUGGCUAAAAAUCCGGGAUUCAGAAGGAGGAAGAGGUAUGCAAGGCGCUAUGGAGAUCCACAGAAGAAGCGUAACAAUGUAAUGGAUAGAUAUAAAGGCUCACAAAAUCAGUAUUUCUUUCAAAACUCGUUUGCCAAUACCAACAGAAAGAAUGGAGUACAUUACAAUCCGCAUGCUACAAACUCAGUGAGGGAAAAAAUGCAUAAAUUUGAUUUUCACACAACCAACCCGAUGAAUAUCGAGCUUGAACAGCAGAUGUUGGAAUAUCCAGGAGAACAGAUUUUAGAUAACGCUCAACAUGUUCCGUCUCUGACCCCUGCACCAAAACGAAGGUUAUACGCUGCGUUUAAAAAAGACCCCAAACAACGCAUCAAAAGCGACUGUGUUGGAAAAAACGAUGCAUUAAAAGACAUCACACCACAAGUAUUGGCUCGACGUGAAAAACAAAGAGAGGUUGUGUUCCAGCACGGUGCAAGUGGACAACAGCCACAACCUAAUCGGAAUGUGCCCAGAGAAUUCACGAUGAGACAGAAUUCCGGAGCAGCCCAGGACUAUUAUGUUACUUUAGUGGUUGUGGUUGACUACAGUAUCUAUAUGAGGUUUUAUAAUGCCAGUACUCAGAGAGAUGUCAGAGCUCGAGACCAAGACGCAAAGUCUAAGAUACGGAUGUACUUUGCUCACAUUGUUAACGGGAUUGAUUUACGCUAUGCCAACAUCAGAGAACACGAUUUUGCAAUCAACGUUGCUGUCACGGAAUACGUUAUCGCCGAUCAUCCAAAUUUUUCUCCAUGGACCAAUACAUAUAUCAAUCCGGAAAUGAAAUAUGUUGGAGUUUGGGACGCUCUGAACAAAUUGGUUGAUUGGAGAGAUACAAUGAUUAAACAUUUACCUCCUCAUGACCAUCUCAUGUUGUUCACAGGGGAAAACCUAUAUGAAACGCAAUCUAAUGACCCAUCUGUGACAGGAUACGCCCAUGUUCGCACCGUUUGUACGAAAAAGAGUGCAUCAAUCAACGAAGACCUUGGUGGAUUUGGAGGAAUAAUUACUGCAACACACGAGUUGGCACAUAGCUUGGGUGCCAAUCAUGAUGGAGAGUCGAACUUUUGUCUGCCGACAGAUCAAUACAUUAUGACAGCAAUGGGAGGCGAUACCAAUCAAGCCAACAAACUUAAUCCUUGGAAGUUCUCAGACUGUUCCGUGGCAUAUUUUAGAGAUUAUAUUGAAGAGCUGAACAAAAAUAAAGAGAACUGUAUGACUGAUAGACCUAUGGACAUUGAUCCAAACUUUCACGAGGUCAUCAAAGAAAUGCCAGGUCAAAUAUUAGGUCCUAACGAACAAUGUAAAGAAAAGCUGGGAUCUGGGUCCUUUUACGGCUGGAAUGGUGGUCUGGGCCGUUAUCAAGAUAUUUGUACAAACAUGGCUUGCAAAAACCCAAAGAAAAAAGAGAGUUUUCAUUUAUACAACGCAGCAAGAGGAACGUCCUGUGGAAAUAAAAAAUGGUGUAUAAAUGGAGAAUGUGUUUUUGACAGAAACGCCCCCGAGAAAAAUGAUAACUGUGUCCAUGGUGACUCUAUGAAGCCGUUUCCAAAUAACGGAACUUGCGCUGAACUUGUUGCUAAUAGACCCUCCAGAUGUUACAACAGAGAGUAUAGGGAGUUCUGUUGUGGAAGCUGCAAUGCCAAAUUUACUGGGAAAAAAGGCUGUGAGUAUGGUGAUAAAGUGGCAUCUUGUGUUUUGGUCAAGUCCCGACCAUAUUUGUGUUAUGAUACAAAGAACAGUCAGCUUUGUUGCGUCGGAUGUGCAUCACAACAUACUGGUAUCAAAGGUUGUGAAUAUGGCGACAGAAAAACUGGCUGUAAAAAAGACCAAUGUCACACAAGAGAUCACCAGUUAAACUGUUGUAAAACUUGUGGAAUACAAAGUCAGAGCUCGCAGACGUCGUCAACGGCAUCUGUAAGGCCAACAAUUUCAGUAUCUAACCAAAACAGCCAUCCUUCUUCAUUGACAACCAGAAGACAAUCAACUGGCCCAACAGACAUGAAACCAAUUCAGAAUGUCAACAAACAUUCAAUUCUUCCUACCACGACACACAUGAUCCCAUUCUCAUCCACCAGAUUUAGUCUUAAGAUUGGAGGUAAUAGACAAGAGGGCACACCGACCCAAAACAAAGUACAAGAGCUUCCGGCUUGGCAACAAAAAACUACACCAGUUGAUGAAUUAAUUCCUGAUCCAUUUGCACCAGGGUAUUGUGUAAAAAAGAAUGCACAUUACCGACCGGACGUUCCGUGUGAAUUCUUGGCAAAAUGGUUAUCUUUAUGUACUGAGACAAGAUUCAAAAAUGCAUGUUGCCAAACGUGUAACAUUGAUCGCACCAGGAGAGUGAAACAAGGUUGUGUGGAUAAUGAAUUCUGCAGUGCACGAACGGGGGCAGACUGUUAUAAAAAAGAAACGCGAGACAACUGUUGUGCUACCUGCAGCAAAUUUGAAACUGGUUUUAUGUUAUGUCCAUAUGGAGACAAAGAUGCAAGAUGUGGUCUUAUGAUGCGACUUAAUAAGAAAUUUUAUUGCGAAAACUAUGGAUCUACUUGUUGUGAAUCUUGCUUUAAAACAGACCGUAGACCAGAAGUGACUACUCCAUUUCCUUUAUUCAUCAGUGCAAGAAGACCAAAUACUGCUGCUGCCAAUAGAGUCAGAAGUCAGACUCAAACUCAGUCAGAGCCAAGAGUUGCGGCCUCUAGAAGUUCUACCUCAACUGCAAAUAAUUAUGAAAAGGUUCGAGAAAACCUUAAACGAUUCGUAACCUUUAUAAACCAAAUUUUCUCUAGAAGCAAAAGUGUAGGUUGAGAAAAAUCACAACAAAACUCAAUAUUUUAAAGAAGGUUUAUUUAGCUUUUUAUCCAACAUUCUACUGUUUCUCAAGUUGGACCAAUUCUUUGGGAGAGCAAAUGUGUAGCUUUCAGUUUCAAAAAAUACUUAUAAGAAGUGCUUCAUUCAAGCCGUGGAGGAUGUCCGGAAAGUCAUUUGCUGAUAACUAUAAUGUUAAAGCGGAAAAAAGACUUGCCAGUGUGACAAAAGUUAUAUUUCAAGAGUCUUUGAUUUCCAACCCUCAAAGAAGGCUGAAAGAGUGUAUUUGGUCAUCAUCUUUACUCCAUAGUCCCAAACAAACACUGACGCGCAUAUUUGGUCAUUUUUACAUCGUCUUACACCUGUCUCGUCAUGUUUUUGAACACCUAACUUCUAUCUCAUGAGUAUACGUUUCAUUUUUUAACAAAUAUAAAACAAUGUUUAGAUACUUGUUAUGAACAAAGUAUUUACACAGUUUAAACACUAACAUAAAUUGUAACGUUAUGAUUUAUAUAAGGUCCUUUCAGGAACAUCAUAUGAUAUAUUUUUUUGAAUUCUCCUAAGGGCAUGUUUUAUGGCCAACACAUUAUUAUUUAUUAGUAUUUCAGUUGCUUUCGUUUUGUUUUUGUUGACUUGUUUUGAUUUUUAUUUGAUGUAUGUUUUAUUUAUUGAAUUAUCAUA